AUGUUUAGGAUAUGCACAUGUGGAAUGGUUGUUGUUGCACGUUGGAUUGCAAAGCUUGCAACUCAUUGUCUCCUUGAUGCACUUGGCCAAUACCCAAAUUAUGAAGUUAAGUCUGAGCUUGAGUUGGAAGAAUGUGAAGCGCUGAAGAAUGAACUGAAUGAGAAGCUGAAAGCAGUAUGUGAGAAAGAGACUCUUAUCAUAGAGAAUCUGGCCAGAGCAAAGGAUGAGUCUGCCGCAACAUCUCGAAUAAUCGGGUUUGCCAUAGCUAAAGUCGGUCGCUUUCUUAAUUGCUCAAUGGUUGAUGCUUUGAUUUAG